AUGGUCGUGUUGCUCGAAGAUGCUGUGGGCAGGAUCUGCAACGGUACCGCUGAAGAGGCCGCUCAGCUGCUCGCACAAGGUCAAGUCAACGAAGAGUCAGAGACGGAUCGAGUUGGACAGGUCUUCCUCAAAAUGAUGCCGCGUAUCGAGCAGGUCUACUCGGCCUACUGCUCGCGGCACGAGGUUUCCAUGGCUAGGUUGCAAGAGCUGCUGAGCACACAGCCAAAGGUCGGCUCCUUCCUCAGUGAAUGCACUCGGGCUGCGCGGGCGUACACGAAUGCAUGGGAUCUGUCGUCACUGCUAAUCAAACCCGUUCAGCGAGUGCUCAAGUACCCCUUGCUCCUCUCUCAGAUCCUGGCGUCGACGAGCGCCAAGCAUCCGGACUCGGAGAGCCUCUCCGCAGCCUCGGUGGAGAUUCAGAAGGUCGCAGACAACAUCAACGAGGUCAAGAAACGCAAAGACCUCGUUGAGCAAAUUGUCAGCGGCAAGACGACCAAGCGCACGACCAGCCAACGCAUGCAGCACGGCGCCACCAAGAAGCUACUGCGUCGUCAGGAGAAGGUGAAGAAGCUCGUGCUGGGGCCAGCAGAGGACAUCCUGGCCGACGAUGGCCAGUACAAGGCGCUCGUGGUGCAGUUCCGGCAGUUGGAGAAGUCGACGGGGGCGUUUGCUAGACGAUGCAUCGGCUGGUCGUCCAGCGUCAAGGAUGUUCACGUCACGCAGCUCAGAAUGCUGGAACAGUGGGGCCGUGCAUAUGCAGUCGAGGAGGUCGCCGCGCGCACCGAGGCCGAGCUUCGUCUGCGCGCGUUCGCUGAGCUCGUCGAGGGCACCCUGCUCAAAGCAUACUGGACGCAGCUGGACGCGGAAAUCAGUAAAGGCCUCAAGCCCGCCAUUCAGCGCAUCUCGGCCAUGUUCACUCUGCCGCAAGCGGUUCUUGCCAAACGUGACGAUCGCGAGCCAGACUAUACGCGGUACAGGACCGAGAUCGCCCGCGGUGGUGCCAAGGCGGUGGACAAGAAGCUCACAGAGAGCGCCAACGCCUUUGUCGCGCUGCACACGCAGCUGAUGAACGAGCUGCCCCAGUUCAACUAUGGCGUGCAGACUCUGCUGGACCUCUGCAUCGAGUCGUUGGCACGGACGCAAGCUUCGUAUCACCUACGCGUGCAGCAGGCGCUGAUCGGCUUCUGGCAGACCUACGGUCCUGAGGGCAAUACGGACAUCGCGAUCAAUGAGGAGACGGACGAGCGAUCCAUGGGCCACGUCAACCCGGUCAAGAUCUUCUGGCCGCUGCACAGCAACAUGGCAGGAUUCGCCGAGUCCUUGGGCAUCAUCCAGGGCACGACCAGUAACCGCCGCUCUCGAUCGACAUCGUUGAGCGUCGACAACGAGCUGCUCACCGCGAGCAACAUCAGUCCUGCCAGCACGAAUCACUUUUCGCCACUGCAGUCGGAUCGUGCGCUACCCGACCCGGAAUUCGCCUCGAUGGUACCCGACGCUACGAGCAUGAGCCAGCAGAUCGAGUCCAUCACCGGCGCAGGAUCGGAAGAGCUGUUGACGCCCAUGAGCGAGAGAGCCAGUCCGGCCGCGUUCAGCACUCCGCCCCUCGGAUCGCAAGGUCGCGCAUCGCUCUCACCUCAGCUGCGUCAGGCACCGUUGCUUGGUUCGCCCGCUCCCAUCGGCUCCGUGCCGGGAGGCAUUGAUCAGCGUCCGUCUCUGCGAACGGCCAAAUCUGGCGGGCUGAUCGGACUGCUGCGCUCGGUGAGCGGUGCGCCGUCCGCAGGCUCGCGCAAAGGGUCGCAGUCGUUCGACACGGCCAAUGAGAGCUUCGAAGUCAGCACCAGUUCGGACCCGCCCACGCCGGUCAGCAAGCACACGCCCGACACGACGAGCGACGCUGUCGCCGCUCCCACGCUGCCAGCGCUCACGUUCAACUCGGGCUUCUUCAGCCAGUCGGACGCGGUGUUCACUUCGGCUUCGACGCGCGGGCUCAGCGAGCAGGCGGAAGGAGGACGGAAGGCUGCGAAGGCGCGCAUGGGCUCGUCAUCGUCAGCGGCGGCGGCGAUGGGGACCAUGGCUGCGGUUGCGAACAGUCCGGCGCGACUGAAGGGGACGACCAAGAACGGAUACCUAUUCAUCGACUAUGAGGUGGGAGAUCUGUUCAGGGUGCUCGACCAGGACAAGACGCAUCUGUUUGGCAGCUCGGAGCACGGCGUGACGGGCUGGGUCGAGAGGGAGAACUUUGUGCCUCUGUCAUAG